CAGAAGUCGCGAUUCCGAAAUCGGAACAGGAAAACGAAAAAACGUAAUUUAAGUUGCUCUAUCAAAAGCAGAGGUUUUUGAUACAUGUUCGGUUUUAAAUUGGAAAUAUAAAGUCGAAACGGUGAGAUAUUUGCUGGUAUUAAAUCUGCCGGCAGUGUGCCUGCGCUAUGGACGAUAAUAAACCGCUUAAAAAGCUCAGCGAAGAGAGCUUGACGAAGCAGCCCGAUGAAGUUUUUGAUCUUCUUGAGAAGUUAGGUGAAGGAGCUUAUGGCUGCGUUUUUAAAGCUAUAUACAAAGAGGCAGGUCAGGUCGUUGCCAUUAAACAGGUCCCUGUCGAGUCCGACCUGCAGGAGAUCAUAAAAGAAAUUGCGAUCAUGCAACAGUGCGAUUCUCCUUACGUGGUAAAGUACUACGGCAGUUACUUCAAGAACACGGACCUCUGGAUCGUUAUGGAAUACUGUGGGGCGGGCUCAGUGUCGGACAUUAUUCGCUUGCGGAGGAAAACACUCACAGAAGAUGAAGUUGCCACCAUUUUAAAUGAUACACUAAAGGGCCUUGAGUAUUUGCACUUCAUGAGAAAAAUACACAGAGAUGUAAAAGCUGGGAAUAUUCUUUUGAACACCAAUGGUAACAGCAAGCUAGCGGACUUUGGGGUGGCUGGUCAACUCACUGAUACAAUGGCAAAACGAAACACAGUCAUCGGUACGCCAUUCUGGAUGGCUCCAGAAGUUAUUCAGGAAAUUGGAUACGACUGUGUGGCUGACAUCUGGUCAUUGGGCAUCACAGCUAUUGAAAUGGCCGAAGGAAAACCACCUUACUCCGAUAUUCACCCCAUGCGAGCAAUAUUCAUGAUCCCACAGAAACCCCCGCCCACAUUUCGUGACCCUGAAAAGUGGUCUGAAACCUUUAUCAACUUUGUCAGUCAGUGUUUGGUAAAAAGUCCAGCCCAGCGAGCAACUGCGACUACUCUGUUGCAACAAGAUUUUAUCAAGAAUGCGAAACCUCACAGCAACCUCAGGGAAAUGGUCCAGGAAGCCAUGGAGAUCAAACGAAGGAAAUUGAAGAAUGGAUCGGAUUCCGAGGAAGACGAUGAGGAAGAUGGAGAUGAUGACGUGGAUGUGGGGACGAUGGUUAAAGUGUCUGUGGAUCAUACAGAUGGUGCAGGGACUGUGAAAGUGAACUCUCUAGCUUCAUCUAUCUCAGGUACCAUGAUCCAGCAUGACACAGACAUGGGACUUGGGACGAUGGUGAUAAAUGAUGAUGAGGAAGAAGACACUGGUACAAUGCAAUGGAGGGGUGCCGAUACUGUGGUUAAAAAUAACGACGUGGAACGCCCUGCUUUUAUGAACUAUUUCGAUAACGUCGGCUCCAGCAGUAGUGAAAGCGGGAGCUCUGGGGCUCCUCCUGGUGGUGCCAAAAAAGGUCUCCCUGCAGAAGAGGCGUGGAAGUUUAGUAAGAACAUCACGGAAAUGAACUUCAGUUUCUUGAAGAAUCUCUCAGUGAGCGAACUGCAAAUACGACUCGGUGCUCUCGAUCCCUUGAUGGAGAAAGAGAUUGAGGACCUACGGAAGCGAUAUUUCGAAAAGCGACAGCCUAUUUUGGAUGCGAUCGAUGCAAAGAAAAAGAGGCAGCAAAAUUUUUAAAUAUAGCGCUGUGAUUGCAUAUUGCCGAAAUCGUUGUUCUACUUAUACUCAAGAGUUCAAAGCAUACUGCGAUGUGAUAAGAGCAAAUUCUUGUCAAAUUUGAUGGUUAACCAACCUUAAUCAUAGAAGCUCCUGUAUACUUUUACUUCUAUUUUAAUCACAUUGUGAAGUUACACCAGUGCGCGUAUUCUGUGAAUCAUUUUUAAAUCUGUGGCAAUUUUGCGCUUAAAUUGAUUCAACGGCUAGAAUGAGUUGCUUUACCAAUUAUUUCUCUAUAUGAACCUAAACUAUCUGUUCGGUAACACAGUAUUUUAUGCUGGCUUUGACAUAAUGACCGGUAUUAAGCUAGGCGGUAAAGCAAUACUUGGUUGUCAGUUUUUACUCGAACUGUGGUAAUAGAUAAAUUUCAUAUUGCAUUUGCGCAUUGCCAUCAUCUUGCUUGAGAAGACCAGAACCAUUGCUGAAAAGCUAGCUACUACAACUCCAAACAUAUUCAUACAUUCUUUGAUUUGAAAAUUCUUAAAAACAACUUUAAUUUUUUUUAAAACAAACAACCUAACUGAUCAGUGGUUGGACAGACACAAGAUGCAGGUUUGUAAUUUAAAUACAUAUGUAGAAGGC